AUGCAGUGGUUUUCUGUGUCUGUGUUCGGCAUUGCCGCAAUGAUUCAAAUAGUAUCAGCUAGAUUCCGUGCCAUUUAUCCACCGGAAGAAAUAUCACAAUGUUUAGAAGAAAAGAGGUUCCAUAUAAAUACCACCGACCCACGCUGGGAUUGUAGCCACAGUUGGUGUAUUCAGAAGUUCCGGUGGCAUAUUUCAAAGCGAUUGUGGCAUAAUAUUUCUAGUGAAACAAAUCAGUGGGUGGAUGAGCUAUUGCGCAUGACGGAAGGAGACAGGCGGAAGCGUCAGGUGGAGCCACUGAGAGUUCGACAAGAGUAUCGCCGCCUGACCGACACGCAGCGACGGAAUUACCACAGAGCAAUUCAGAUGCUUAAAGCAGAUUCGUCUAUUUAUCCGAAUCGGUAUGACGCCUUAGCCAAUCUUCACCAGAAACUUGGAGACGACAUCCAUCAUGGCGCUGCCUUCUUGGGCUGGCACAGGGUCAUGUUAAUCAUAUACGAGAAUGCUCUUCGCCAGAAAGUCCCCACUGUGAUUCUCCCGUAUUGGGAUUCUCGAAUGGACGAACGUCUCACAAAUCCGAGCCUUUCCGUUAUGUGGACAGGAGAAUUCGUUGGCAAUGGCUUUGGAAGGGUCGCCAAUGGACCUUUUGCUUACUGGCAAACUCCAUCUGGACCCCUUGUCCGAAACUUAGGUCAAGAGGGCCAGCUGCUGUCGAAUAGAGAGACACAAGCAAUACUCUCGCGAGUCAGAAUGUCGGACAUCACAGAGCCGCAUGCACAGCCUCCUUUUGAUUUUGAAAUCCGACAUGGAGAAGUUCACAAGUGGGUUGGCGGCAUAAUGGCCCCAGCUGAACACUCCGCAUUUGAUCCUAUAUUUUUCCUGCACCAUGCAUUCGUGGAUUACUUGUGGGAACUAUUUCGUGUUAACCAGCGCAGAGCCGGGGUAGAUCCAACAAAAGAUUAUCCGAGGAGGUUCGGUCCCGCGUCACAGUCCCCAACUUCUAAGAUGGGUUUCGGAAAACUAAACAUGAUUCAUGGACUGAGUGACAUUUAUACGUCACAGAUAUACACGUACGAAAAUUCGCCUACGUGCACGUACCGACAGACAACUUGCGGAAGUAAGUAUCUCCGAUGUGAAGUUCGAUUUGGGUCGCCAAACUGCGUAAGCGUUACUGCCGCUGAAUCUCAAGCGUUUGGUAACGGAAGCCCAUCAAGAAUGAGCACAUCUAGAUCAAGAUCGACGUCCGUCUCUGGAAACAACCACCGCACGAGAUCGAUGCCUCGUAACGGAAGCGGGUCACGACAACGCGGAGGACAAAUGAAUACGAACAUGGUUCAGUCACGUGGACGACAAAUGCCCCCUGUGGGACCGCAAUCACAUGGGAGACAACAGCCCUCGGGCGGAUCUCAGUCACGGGGUAGGCCGAUGCCGCCUAAUAUGUGGCCGCGGCAAUCUGCAUCACAACAAGGGCCACAAAAUCCCAACAAUAGACAAAUGCCACCAUUUCCUCCAAAUUUCUUCGGUAAUCGAGCAAAAAGGAGUUUAGGAAAUGGCGCGGAGAAGCAUAUACAGGCUUUUAGAAGCAUGGGUGAGAUCUGUCCAGUCAAAGAACCCCCGCAUGCCCUACAGAAUAUAUUUGAAAUGAAUGGGUUAACAGACUCUAGAGUGUGGGUUUAUGUACCCAUUCAAAUUGUGUACAAGCGAAAUCCCCAACUACAAAAGUUCCACGUUUUUCCAAUUCGAAACUCGAAAAUGGUCGAUAAAGUUGACUUGUACGAUCCCACGCAAUAUGCUAGUUUAAAAGACUAUUUCAAACCACGAAAGGAGCGCGAAGCUGUGCAUUGUAAACAGGAGAGGAAGCAUUCUGUUUUUAUGAAAAUAAUGGUUCACAGCAAUGGCCUGAAUUACCACGGUACAUAUCGAGAUUUCGCACUUCUUGACGCUAGACAACCCUUCUCUUCAUCAAUUGUUUAUAUUGCUGUAAAAAGUCCAGAAAAACAUUUAACAGAAGUACUGUUUACCACAUAUGAUGAGUGUGGAAGAGUAUGUCAGCCAUAUUGUAAAAAGUCUGGGAGAUUCGUUCCUUGUUCGGGAGCGAUGCAAAUAACUUCCAGUCCUCCAAAAAUGUAUGGUACAGACUAUGGCGACGCUGUUCGGUUAGUUUGGGACAUAUCUGGAGGAUUUCCAGUUUUGAAUCAUGACAGAAUUUCUGUGAGAUUUUUGUGUUAG